AUGGCGCCAUCUAUAGUUAGUGAGAGACCUAGAGAAAGUCUCAUGAGCUCUCAGUUACAGGCACCAGAACCAGAACAUUGCCCUGGCCCUGAAUCUGAGCAAGCAGGUAAAGGUGAUGCUUGUGAUGGGUGCCCCAACCAGUCUAUAUGCUCGACGCAGCUUCCAAAGGGCCCAGACCCAGAUAUGCCUAUAAUAAAUCAGAGAUUGUCGCAGAUAGAUCACAAGAUCUUAGUUCUCUCAGGGAAGGGAGGUGUAGGGAAGUCUACUUUCACGUCCAUGUUAUCGUGGGCAUUAGCAGCGGAUGAAGAUAUGGAGGUAGGUGCCAUGGAUUUGGAUAUUUGUGGACCUUCGUUACCAAGGAUGCUCGGAGCCGAGGGGGAGUCUAUUCACCAAUCCAACUCAGGUUGGUCACCAGUGUAUGUGGCAGAUAACUUAGGGUUGAUGAGUAUAUCGUUCAUGUUACCAGAUCCAGAUUCUGCAGUGAUAUGGCGAGGAGCCAAGAAGAAUGGUCUUAUAAAGCAAUUCUUAAAGGACGUGCACUGGGGUGAACACUUGGAUUACUUAGUGGUGGACACACCACCGGGGACUUCAGAUGAACAUCUCUCUGUGACCACAUAUAUGAAGGAAACCGGUAUAGACGGAGCUCUUAUAGUGACAACUCCGCAAGAAGUUGCUCUCUUAGAUGUAAGAAAAGAGAUUGAUUUUUGUAGAAAGGCUGGCAUUAAGAUCUUGGGCUUGGUUGAAAACAUGUCUGGAUUCGUGUGUCCAAACUGUAAAGGAGAAUCGCAAAUCUUCAAGCCAACCACUGGUGGGGGCGAGCAGUUGUGUAAGGACUUGGGGAUCCCAUUUCUUGGCUCAGUACCGUUAGAUCCCAGGAUAGGGAAAUCUUGUGACGCUGGAGAGAGUUUUUUUGAUAGCUACGCAGACUCCCCCGCAGCCACUGCUAUAUUAGACGUGGUUGAUGCUUUAAGGGACCAAGUAGAACUUUCUGUAGAAGGAUUGAAGUUGAAUUAA